AUGUCUAACAAGAAGCUCUGUCAUAUAGACUGCCCAGAUUGGGCAAGUCUUCACGGAGCCCUUGUUUAUCUGUUGCUGGACAAGUUGUUGGAACCCAUUGACCAUGUUCGCUUUGCAGCAGUUUGCAAAGAGUGGGGUGCAGUUUCAGAAGAUUAUAAUGAAGCAAAGCACCGUUGGUGUAAAAAGAGGUUACUUCCGAUGCUCUUGAUCUCAUCUGCUGAAUCCGAAGAAAAGCUAGAACUGUACAGCAUUGCCGAAAGAAAAGUCUACAGCAACAUUGAGUUAGCAUUGCCUUAUAGGAAGUCUAUGAGGUGUUUUGGCUCCAACCACGACAGUGGUGGUUGGUUGAUUGUGGUAGAUAUAGUUGAGGCUGAGUCGCCAUAUUUAGAUAUAACUCUCGUGAACCCUUUCAGAAAAGAAGUGCCACCCAUUCAUCUUCCUCGUCUUGUUCCUGGUUCUCCAUUCAACUAUCUAUCUGAACAAGGCCUGAAGGUCAUAUUAUCUGGUGAUCCCACAUUGAACCCUGACAGUUUUGUGGUUUUAGCAAUCAUUCCAUACACUGACAACGUGUCUUACAUAAAGGGACUAAACAGUGUUUGGGUUUUUUGGGGAUAUGGAUUUGGCAGUACCGAUGCUAUAGUUAAUAAGAGCAAGAUUUACUCGGUUUCUCGGGGACAUGGAUUUGGGAGAAGGAUUCUUUUUUUGGAUGUUGAUCAGGCUAAAACAAACAUGUUCUAUCUUCCUGAACCACUAUUUCGUUCACCAGGUAAGCUCUAUCUUGUAGAAUCAGCACAGGGAGACCUGUUGCUUGUUCAAAGAGUUAUGGAACCGAAGAAGAAUGUGAACGGUUUGCAUCACAAUAAAGAACUUUGGACCAGCAGCUUCGUUAUUCACAAGGCGACGUUCAUCAAGAGAGACGAAAAGGUAGACGGACCAUGUAGUCCACUACGCUUACGAGGGUGUUCGUUAAUUCUAGGUGAUGGAGAUCGUUCAGCGGCGGUUCAGCUAAACCAGGUAGAGAGCAUUGGAGAUGAGGUUUUGUUUGUAGGCAACAACUAUUCGUUCUCGGUUUUGGCUUCGGACUAUCCUGGGACGUGUCAACCCAAUUCCAUAUACUACACAGAUGAUUCCAUGGAAAUUGAACUCGAUGGAGACGCGCCAUAUGACAUGGGGAUCUUCAACCUAGCGGAUAAAAGCAUCACACCACUUUGUUCUUCUCUAAAUCAUUCCAAGAGGAUUAUCCAGCCACCGUUUUGGACAAUCCCACCAUUUAGUGGACUCUGGUAG